GUCUGAAAACAAAGAACCAGCGCAACCGGAACAGGCGUGUUGUGACGUACAGAAGCAGUUUAUUCAUUAUUCAGUUUCUAUCAGUCAUUAUGGCUGAAAUGGAUUGCGGCGCUCGUCUGCGCUUUCCUAACGGGGAUAUCAAAAUGUCUAAUUACGAAGACGGUCAAGCAAAUUCAUUUUCAACACCUCUAAAACAGCAAGUCAAUUUACAAAGAAUUCGAGACCGAGCAGAGAAAUUACAAGCAGAUUUGAUAGAACAAAUGAGCCGAGAACUUGAGUGUUUAUUUGAAGAAUUUGUAUCAGAAGUAGAACAAAUUGAACAGAAUCCACAGUCUCUUUUUGAAAUUAAACCCAACAGUUGGAACAAAAAUUGGAAUAGAAAAGAAAAUAAGAAAUUAGUAAAGCGAAAAGAUGGUGAACUACCAGAGAAAGUGUUUGUCAAUAGACGAUCUGUUUUAACAGAGUUGUUGGAAAUAACUCAUAUCCAAACAAUUUACAAUAUCUUUGUGGCCAUUCUGCUGGUAUUUAGUCUAAAUACUAUUGUAUAUGAUCUCAUUGACACAGGCAGGCUUCAUCUUGACUUCAAUUUGAUACAAUGGGCAUUUGGUAAAUUUCCCAAAGUAAUGGCUCUUUGGGUGUGUAUGCAGCUGGCAACCUUGUUGAUAUUCUAUCCAGCUUUCUAUUAUUGGGCUUCUUCAAAAAAAAUCAGACCUUAUAAAGUUUGGGACUGGAUUUGGCUGGGACUCUUUGUAGCUUAUCAGUUGUUAUUCUUUGUUCUACCGGUGAAUUAUUUGUAUGAAAAUAAUCUGCCACCAGCCUCUGCAGUAAUCAUUGUCACAGAACAGUUACGGCUAAUAAUGAAAGUUCACUCUUUUGUUCGAGAAAAUGCACCAAAGGUUUUGAACUACAAAAAAGCAGAUAGUAAGUGUGAUGAUAAUGUUUGUCCAGAUUUUUCCAAAUAUCUUUACUUUUUGUUUUCUCCAACUCUUAUUUAUAGAGAUUCUUAUCCAAGGACUCAGAAAAUCCGUUGGAAUUAUGUUGUUAGUAAUUUUUCUCAAGUAUUGGCCUGCCUCUUCUACACUUACUACAUAUUUGAACGCUUCUGUGUGCCCGUCUUCAGAAACUUUAACCGGGAACAUGUUACUCCAAAAGCUCUGUUAUUAUCAGUCUUUGGUUGUAUGCUACCUGGCACUCUUGUGCUCUUCAUUGGUUUCUUUGCCAUACUUCACUCAUGGUUGAAUGCAUUUGCUGAAAUGUUAAGAUUUGGUGACCGUCUUUUCUAUAAAGAUUGGUGGAACUCAACAACUUUUUCCAAUUACUACCGCACAUGGAAUGUUGUCGUCCAUGAUUGGCUGUACACUUACAUAUACAAAGAUGUUUACACGAUUCUUGGUUACAAAAUGAGAAAUGUUGGCUUAACCAGUGUGUUCCUAAUAUCAGCUGUUUUCCAUGAGUAUGUUCUAGUGGUAUCUUUUGGCUUUUUUUAUCCGGUGUUGUUUGUCAUGUUUGCUGGAGCUGGAUUUGGUUUCGUAUUCCUAACAGAUAAAGGUGUCUCCCGUAGUUGGAAUGUGUUUAUGUGGGUCGCUCUGUUCAUUGGCAAUGGUCUCCUUAUGUGUCUCUAUAGCUUGGAAUGGUAUGCUCGUCAGAACUGUCCUGCAACUACCAAUGACUUUUUUGACUACCUCAUCCCUCGUUCAUGGACAUGUGAUUUUUCUGGAAUCCCGCUUGAAUCAGAUUAACGAGAGAUAAAACUACAGACUUGAAUUUCAUCUUUUCUGAACAUGAUUACUCUUCAAAAAAAAAAAAAAGGAAAAUAUUUUUGUUAAAAAUUAGACUUUGAGGUCUAAAUACUAACUGUUAACUCUUGAGAUGUUAUGGUAAUCUUCAGUACUUGUUAAUUUCUUGUUAGUUGACUUGAGUGGAAUCUAAUAAUUAAUGACUUACCAUUCCAUGAGAGAAUUCAAAUCAGUUUACCAAAAUUUUGUUUUACAGAAUCAGAUUUUUUUAGACUCAAGUUUUGUUCAAUUCUUAUUUUUAAUUCUUCAAGAUUAUCAAAAUUUUAUAAUAAAAAAAAAGGGACUUAGGGAUUGGAUUUUUGGUUGCUGGAUAUAAUUUUGAUAUUUCUGAAACCAUACUUCUAUCAUUAUCAGUUGCCUACUAAUUUCAUCAGUUUGGUUAAUUUAUUGGUUUUAAGUUGGAAAUGUAAAGAGUUAGGUAAUAUAGUUAUUACACACAACUCUUUAUGAAUAAAUUUGAAACAUUUCUAAAAUAAAAUUAAGUCCUAUUUAUUUUACAAAUUGUUUUGAUAAUCUUUCCUAAUUUAAUCCCAGAUAUAUUUGAUGUCACUUAACUGUUUCUACAAGGCAACUAUAGAUUACUUGUAUUGAAGAAACACUCAUAUCUUGUAUCUUCUAACACUGAGUGACAUUUAUUUUCCAUAUAUAGUAAAAACUUCUAACUCUAAAAUGAUCCUUACAGGGGCUUCCAAAAGAAUAAAACAUUGUAAAUACAUACUGUAAAUACUUAAUCUCUACCAUAAUAUUUGUAAGACAGGGAUGAUUUUUACUUGAGAAUAAUUUAGAGAAGUUCUGUACGUUUUGAUGUACAAACAAGAGCAAAAGUAUUCAAUCCAUUUAGAUUUCAUUUAUUCAUUCAAAACAGGGAUUCCUUCUAUCAUUAUGAUGGGUUUCUUGUUUGUCUGCAUUCCUUUUGGGGCAUACAAAUGAGGAAACUCAGAGUAGUGAUAUAAUGAAUCAUCAGCUUUGUGUGUGUGUGUGUGUGAAAAUGAUAAUCAUUAACCACUCCCAUUUUGUAAUUGAAUAAUUAACAUUAAAAAAUACAUCUAGUCAUAGUGUAAGUUGGUUGCUGGUUUUACAACACAAUCCAAACCUAUGCUAAUAUGGGACAUUAUGUGUGUGAAAUAAAGAUACUACUUUUGGUUGAGGAUUUUGAAUUUCAAAAUAGAUCUUUAGUGGAAUUAUUUAUGCAUAAAUUUUAGGUAAUUACAUUUAGUGUUAAUUAGGUUUUUCAUUACAGAAUGUUUCCCUUUUUGUAUUUUUCUUUCAGUUAUUUUAAUUUCAACUGUUGACAUUCCCUGUUAAUGUUGCACAUUAUUCCAUGAAGUUGUUAUAAUGUAUAACCAAACCUUUUUGGCUGUUUAUUCUUUUCAUUGACAUUUUGGUUUUAAGGAGCAUUAAUGAAAAUUAAUUUUAAUAUCAUAUUGUGGACACUCUAUAACAUAAUAUCUUACUUAUUUGCAUAACCAAGAGGGAUUUCGGUUCCUAUAGACAUACACUAAAAAGACCUGCAUUAGCAAAUAAGCUGGAGACGCAAGGAGAUGACAAAGCUAACAAAGGGGUCACUUGGCAGAGAAGAGAAUGGCUGAAAAGACAAUGAGAGGUUGAAUUUAAAGGAAGUUAAUAACAACAUUCUUGCCUUCCACACAAAGAUAUUAGUGAUGUGUAUGAAGUGAAUGAAUUGUAAUUAGGAAUCAAAACUACAAUGCAAACAAACACUUCUUGCUAAGAAAUUUCUACUGCUACACCGGUUACCAUAAUUAUGUGUUACUGUGUGUGUGUGUGCAUGCUCUCAUGGUGAAAAUUAAUGACCCCCCACUCUUCUAAAGAAGCAAAAUCUCAAAUUUAACUGAAUUAUAAUCAACCAUCCAACAACAUAAUCCACAUUGUAAUUUUGUUGCUAAGGAAACAAGUGAUAGAACAAAUCAUAAAUCUGUGAUACUAAAUGUUCACUAUGCAUACAGAAUGUGUUGAGAAAUUUGAAAAUGCCAUAAAAAUCUUUAGCUUUAAGAUUAUUAAGGGUAUUAAGUACUUGAGCAAAUAGGAGAUGAAGAGGAUCAUUUUAAAUGUCCUGAAUGUAAUAAAGAUUAUUUCUAGCCACUCAAAUUGACCUUCAGCCAACCCAACAUGUAACUCUAAGGGAUCUCCUAGCAUUGGCACAUCUGGAUUCCACAUACCACAUCAUUGCAAUACACUGAGUCAUCCUUUGCUUGAUGAUGUUUGUAACCUUAGCAACUGGAAAUUCAAUUAAUGAUCUACAGUUAAUGUUGAAGAUAUUUUCUUUGUUCAUUGUUUUUCCUUUACUGUUUCCGGUUCAUGAUUUUCUUUGAAAUAAUUUUGGCAUAUACGUGUUUGUGUGUGUUUAUGUAUUAUAUGUUUGUAUGUAUGUAUUACAUAUAUGUGUGCAUGUGUAUAUAAAUAUAUAUAUGACACAUGCAUACAUAGUGUAGGUAGUUAGGAUAUGUCCCAGCUUUUCACUUUGCUGUUUUGUUUAUAUAUAUAUAUAUAUGUGUAUUUAUAUAUAUAUAUAUAUAUAUAUAUAUUAUACACACACACACACACACACAAAUGUAUAUUGUGUCUAUAAUGUGCAUAUGUAGGUAAACAUUGUAUUAUGUAACUCCAUGCUCAGUAUUUUGUUGACUUUGUUUACCUCUAAAACUGUGUUUCAUAAAAUGGAGUUACUAUGUUUAUUGUUGCCUGACUGUAAACUGGGUUUGUGUCAAACGUGAGUAACAUUGGUUUCAUGUAUUUGUUUAUAAAACAUUACCAAAGAU